GAGAGAUAGACCGAGCGAGAGAGAGGGAGAGAUCCGAUACGAUAGAUGCGUGCGGAGAGUGCGACUCAAAUCUGGCUUAUAAUAAAACCGCCGCGAAGUCUUCACUCAUGAAUCGAGCUGAAAUGAGGCUAUUUGGACAGAAAUUCUUUGUUUAAGGAAGUUAAGGAGAGGUUUGGGUGAAUGGUUUUAAAUCGCACGUUUCUAUUAAUAAAUAAUUUGCCUAGUUUUAUUGCUUUGUUAAGAAUUUAAAACCGUUUGCAUUUACGUAAGUGUGCUCGACAUUGCGAGUUUUGGGGGUAAACCUGUUAUAUAUUUUUUUUAAAGUUUAGUUUUUUCUGCUGUAGUCUAUUUGUGAUACACUCUUUUCAUGUUGUGAUAAUGAACAUUGUCAUGGAAGAUCGCAGACGACAGUGAGUAUGUGGGUAAAGUGCUACUCUAUGGGAGCUGCUGGUGUUUGUUGACGGGAGGAAUUGUGCAGCUGCAGUGAGCUGGAACAGCAGAGGAGGCGGUACAGACAUCCUGACUCCAUCCCGUGGAGAACUCAUCAACUUUCUGCCAACUUUAGAUUGUUUUCUUGUCAUUAUCUGUGUUAGCAUUGUGACCGGAGAAAAAAAUGCUGCAUUUGAGAUGGGCGCGUGCGGUUUAAAACUUGUGUAAAAGGUUUUUCGUAAUUAAACUCCUUUGUCAAACUUCAAAGCUUUUGAAAUAAAUAGAAUUCGCUUUGUGUACGUUAUUUAUAUUAUUUGUUAAACAAACAACCUAACUAAACUGCUUUUGCGCACUUAAUAAUGCUAACUGAAGAGAAGCGUGCAUUUAAAUCAAGGUAACUUUAGGUUAGCCUGUUCUUCCUUCAUUUGUUUCAAAGUAAACCGUUUCAAAACUGCAAGGCGAAAGGAGUUCUCCAAGUUAAACGUAACCAAAGAAAUGCAAAUGAAUGCAGGUGUGCGGGCCUCGGAGCGCUGGAGACCCGAGGUUACCGAUCUCUCAGCGCUCGGGCCCCAUUGAUCAGCUGAGAAGCGGCGCUAACUAACUGCCCCCGUCUCCAUAGCAGCCGCCUGGACGGCGCCGCGAGGACUGGCUGCAGGGCCGCUGUGAAUGGGUGACGUCACGGGGCUGGCGCCAGAGAGUCUGCGAGAGCGUGAGCUCGCGGCGCUGCUCUGUAGUACUGCUUUGCUUGGUGCCAAUUCAUCACCUGUCAGGGAUCAGUCAGGGUGUCAUGCGAAAUGUACACAGCUGUGAGAACAAAAAAGGACGAGGGAGAAAAUGGAAAGGGCCAGUUGCGGCAGAUGCGGACGAGAGCACAAUGGUCUUGUGUUUUUAAAUGCAGUAUUGCUCUCUGUGAUUUUUUUUCCAGUGCACGACGUUAAUAUAAAGUUACAAAUUUACAAACGCAAAUGAUGCAAUAAAAUACAUGGUUUGCGAAUCGACCCCGAGGACAGUUUACAAGCACUUUAUUUUGUAAGGAGUGAUAAUGAGAUUGUACGAGAUGCAUUCCGACACAUCAACACGAUUGCAUUCCGACGCAUCUGCAAACAUCUGUUUAGUCGGAUAUGCACAAGCAACCAGGAAAUGUCUCUCUAUUGUUGCUUAGCAUGUGUAAACAAAGUGAUUUUUUUUCUGUUCUUGCCACCACUUUCACUCUGCCACAAACUGUUUCUAAAAUAUGGAAAUGUAAUCCACAAAACAUAUCUUUCCGUCAGGAUAAAAAAUAUUCCCAAGUUCCAGAAGAAUGCAUUUUCACUUCUGUUGCAAUUACGCAAGUAAAACUUACUGCAUAUUUAUCCACUCAUUUAAGCAUUUCUGAAUGCCACUUACAUUCCAUUCCUGCUGCACUUGAGAGCACGAGGUGUUGACUGAGUGGAUCUCCUGUCUCGUUAAGUCCGACCAACUGUCAUCACUAUUGCAUCUUAAACGACCCUCAUCAUAGGCCUAGAGCUGCACACCUAAUCUCCUGCAUUCAUGAUGCGUUUAAACAAACAUAAACACUAAGUCAACACCACCAACUGGCGACCAUACUAAGACUAAAGGGAUAUUGUGCAAGUGGUUGUCAUGAUUGCUUGUGUAUGACAAAUUAUAUGAUGUGGGUAUAAAGAAAACACGUACCACAGAUAAAGGUUAAUACACUAGAUUGAUUUUUACCUGAUAUCGGGCUGGUAAGUUUAACUACAUGCAUUAAAUUUUAACCAUAAAGAAAUGCAUAUAUUUAUUUGCUUAUUGAUAUAGUUUUGCUGCAUUUCACAUAAUAACGUAAUGUGUUCAAUGUAAUAACUGAACACCAAUUAGUUUAAGCUUGUUUUGAUAUAUUUGGAUUGUUGCGUUAUUUAAUAAAAGAUUAAACAACCACAUACUUGCAAGGCACUAAUUCUGUUGAUCGGAAACAGGUACACUGAUUUGAGAAAUUAUCCUUGGAAGCUGAAGGCUAUGAAGGCAGUCAGCGCCACCCUAAACACGCGCUUUCACUGGUUAAGAACGCGGAAGAAAUGGGCGGGUCUUGAUAGCUCAGCCCCGCGACCAAUCCCGUUGCGCGAAAUCGAUGAGUGACACGGCGCUGCACACCAAUCAACGCGAUGUAAACCAGCGCGUGAACAACCCACCCAGCUGGGUAUAUAUGCAGCGAUGACAGCUCGCUAAUCCACUGCGUUUGCCUCAAGAGCUCGGCGCAAAGAGGAAAUCUCGCAUACAAAAGCAACUCGCGCAGCGAAACAACUAACCGUUUUUCACAGAAGUGUUAACAUGAAGGCGAUAAGUCCCGUUAGGUCUUUCAGGAAAAAUAACGCGACUAUGACGGAACACAGUCUGGGAAUCACACGGAGCAAGACCCCCGUGGACGAUCCCCUAAGCCUGCUGUACAACAUGAACGACUGCUACUCCAAACUGAAGGAACUGGUGCCCAGUAUCCCGCAGAACAAAAACGUGAGCAAAAUGGAAAUCCUGCAACAUGUCAUCGAUUAUAUCCUGGACCUGCAGAUUGCACUUGACUCCAAUUCGGCGAUCACCAGUCUCCAUCACCCGCGAGCGGAGCAGGGGACGUCCAGAACACCACUGACAACGCUGAACACAGACAUCAGCAUCCUCUCAUUACAGACACCGGAGUUUCAGUCAGACUUGGUCACAGAGGACAGCAGGACACUUUACCGUUAAUCAGGUGUUUGGUUAAGACACAAGAACACACAGGACCUGGGAACUGACUUUUCCUCCAAUUUCUGUUCUCGGUCUGGACUUUUUUCUUUCCUGUAAUUGAAUCAAGAGACGUUUUUGCUUCUAAAAGGACAAUCCAGUUGAUGUGUUAUAAGUUUGGACGUUGAUUAUUUAUCUUCUAAAAAGACUUAUUUGGUCCUUUCUUCAAGAGGAAGAAGCACUAUAUUCCCUGAAAAUAUAAGGGAAACAAAUGAAAAUGACCACAAGGAACCUUUUCUCAACAGUGAGAAGUCGUCUUACUUUUUUCUUUUUCGUGAAGACUGUGUGAAUAGGAGAAAAUGUGGUUAGUUACUGUACAAAGUUUAAGUCUUGUCUUUUUUUGUCAAUUCUUUUGGCACAUGAAGGACUGGACAUUUGAAAAUGACAUGAUGAAACCUUGUGAAAACUCUCUCGAAGAGUGUGUAUAGUUGCAGAAAUUGGACUGUCAGUAUCUGCAAAGUGUUAUACUGUAUGCUGAGACUUUUUAUAAAAGUAAUAUUGUAAAUCAUACCUCCUUUUUAAAUACUAAAUAAAUCAAAUGCUUUAUUUGA